GCAAGGAGCAAUUGAUUGCACUCAACAAUGAACCGCCGGCGCCCGCGAUCCCCCGAUCAGCCAAGGGGAGAGCUUUCCAAGCGGCGGAAGUUUGUCGCAUGCCAGCGCUGUCAUGCACACAAAAUCAAAUGUUCCGGCGACCAGCCCUGCGCCAAAUGUCGACAAGUGGGUUGUGCCGACGAAUGCGAAUACGCCGCUCGAGACCGCCAGAUCAAAGUGAACCAAAGCUUUCUGGACGAACUCGUUGCGGAAAACCGACGGCUGAAGGCGCAAUCCGCCUCGGCAUCACGCGCCGAAGCAGAUCGGGAGCAGGCCGAGAACGGCCCGGCGCGCCCUACAGACGCCACGGACGGGCCAGACGAGGGCAACACCAGUGUGCGCAAUCCUCUGAUCGGCGAUCGGGCCUGGUUCCAUCGCUACGACCCCUCUGCGCCGCCUCUCUACGUCGGCGAGGCGGCCUGCACGGCGUUCGCGACGCGGUUCCGUCGCUUUCUCACGGGCAACAAUGCCACCGCGCAUAUCCCACGCACGCAGUACGUCAAGGACGAGAGCAUCACCGCGGCCAAUACGGCGAACGUGCAAUGGCCGAGUCUGCAGCAGGCGCGUCUGCUGGUGAAGAUUGCCAUGCGGCAGGUCUGCCAUAUGUAUCAUUUGGUCAUGCGCAAGUCGACGCUGGAGAAGCUGGAGGACAUCUAUCGCACCGGAAACUUUGAAUGCACGGUGAACAAAUGCAAGUUCUUCGCGCUGUUCGCCUUCGGAGAGGCCUACUCGAUGCGAGCGGAGCCGUCGACGGGCUCCAGGGUCCCGGGGACGGCGUACUUCGCUCGCGCUCUGAGUCUGGUGCAGGUACCGCCAGAGCGGACGAAUAUCACUCAUCUGGAGACUUUGCUACUCCUGUCAUUGUUUUCAUAUUAUCUCAAUCGGCGCCAUUCCGCACUGGUUCUAGUCGGAACAGCCAUGCGCCUUGGUCUGUCCAUUGGGAUGAACCACAACAUCCCGGAGACGCAGCUUAUCGACCCGGUGGAGCGACAACACCGUCUGCGAAUCUGGUGGACGAUAUACGUGUUCGACCGCACGUGGGGGUCCAAGAUGGGACAGCCGUCGCAGAUUCUCGACGACGACAUUCACUUGGACAUGCCGUCGAGUAUAAGUCCGGUGCAGCUGCACAACGAACAGUUCUCUGACACCGACCAUUUGACCGCCAACAUCGAACUGGCGCGCAUUGUCGGCGACACAAUCGCUAAACUAUACAGUCGCCGCAAAUACAGUGAGACAUUUCUGCAGCGGGUCCAGAAACUGCUGAAGGCAUUGAAGCACUGGGUGGAAACACUCCCCGAGCACCUGCGAUUAAACGAAGACGACCUCGAGGUGAACCGCAAGUCGAUCAGCUCCUUACAUCUAUCCUUCAACCAAUGCGUCAUACUAACCACCCGCCCAACCCUCCUCCACCUCCUCAUCAACAACCGCACCACCGACAUCUCCCAGCCCGUGCUCACCCUCGGCGAAGCAUGUAUCCACGCCGCGCGCCACUCCUACUCCGUCAUCCUCACCAAAUGGAUCAACGGCUCGCUCCCCGUCUUCGGCUACUUCCACGCGCACUACCUGUUCUCCCUCGCCCUCGUCCUCGCCAUGGCCAGCUUCCUCCCCAUCGGCAGCCCGUCCGAUCUCGGCGCCUUCGAAACCAGCCUCGAGAUGAUGCGCUCCAUGAGCGAGAACGGCAAUCUCGCCGCGGCCGAGUUCCAUAUGAAUCUCGUCCAGGUCAAGGAGUGCCUUGGUCGGUAUCGCGAGGCUAAUCCAUCCUCCUCCUCAUCUGCAACCUCGAAUAUUGACUCAACCAUUCCCCCGGUCGAAUCUACUCCAAUCCCUCUAGUCACCACCUCCACCGCAACUGCAGCCGCUGUCCCUAAUAAUACCUCCAUCCUAACCCCCGAAGACGAACCCCUCGGUUUAUCAGGGUAUGCUCUCCCAGCCACGGCGGCCGGGAACGGCACGACAGCCGUCCCGGGGUUCACGACGGCGAUGGCAUUCAUGGAACCCACGAUGCAGGAUUUUCUGGCGCAGUCGGAUUUCGAUCUGGGGUUGUUGCACCCGGUGGAUACGUUUAUGAGUGAGGAGAGCUUUUUUACGAGUCAGGGUAUUUGAUCUUUGCUUUUGGGGUAUAUACAGCC